AUGGAUCGCUUUGUCCAAAGGUCCAGACCCCGGAACGAUUCCAACAGGACCACGGAAUCGAGGCAAGAUGGACCUCCGGUAAAGAAACCAAGGCUUGAGGAGGUCAGGGAUAGCGAUGAGGACGAUGAAGCUUCAUCUUACAUGUCCGCCAAUGGCGAUGACGAUGAUGCAUCCACCUUGAACAAGUUUGGGCCAGACUCCGACAUUGUCGACGAGGAUGGCCCAUCCCUGGACUCCCCGCCCCAACGUCCGACUGCAUUCGAAAACUCGCUUCCUGCGGUGGCCACAGAUCAGGAAGCCAUUGAGGAGUAUGAAGCCAUGCGAGCAUCUCAGUCUUCACAGAACGAACCGGCCGAUGCAUCCGCACCGGCAGAUCAACGUCACUGGGUUCGAGGGAACAGCUCCAUCUAUGUCGACGCGUUCAAUCUCGCUUUGGACACUGUAUUGGAGGACGAGGCACAUCUCUUUGACGCCAAGGAAAUGUGUGUCUUUGAGCAAUGGAGAGCUUUGAGCUAUGAAGCCCAAUAUCUUUAUGUACGCCUCUUCUUGCGCAAGACUGCCUUGUGGCAUCGUGUUGAGCGCUUAGCCUACCACAGCGACAUCUCUGACCUUGACCUUGCUAUUACCCACCUUCUUGAACCUCGAAUCCUGCCUGAGGAAAAGGGUAGUUCCGGAUCCAACUGCCAUCCUCUACAUGAAGGGCAGGACUGGUCGCUCGAUUCCACGUUUACCUUUGCUGACAGCUCCGACUUGCACAUCAAAGAUGUCGAGGAGGCUGCUCCUUUGCUCAGUCUCGACGAGCUGAAAACGCUUGCCAAAGAGGCAAAAGUGCAAGGAAACAACAAGGCCAGCCUCCUCAAGGCCUUCUGUCAUGCAAGUGCCCGUCAGUCGGGCCUCAUGGCUUGCGGCUUGCGGCGCUCAAGCACAAACGCCUCGGCAGACUCAAGCGUCACUGAAGCCGAAGACGAGAGCUCGGUGAAGCAAGAGGCAAACCGAAAUACACACUUUCUGAAGAAGAUCCUUGCCAUCACGGGGCCGCUUAUCAGGCUUUCGGAACCUGUCUUCAAGUUGUUCGAGCGCGUGCAUUUGGUGUUCUACCGAUCAACUGAAUGGACAGAAAAGUCACUCACAACAAUCAUUCUGGCUAAGAUGGCAAAGCGUAACUUUCCAGAAUACAUUGUGUGCCGAUCAUCCAACAUCUUCAGAUCCCGCCGACACCUGCUCGAGUUUGAGCACUCGAUGAAAAAGGAAUUCGAGCUAGACAGCAUCUUCGAGUUUAAUGGUCCUCCCGGGGAGGAAGGGUUCCGCAAGAUUCUGGACAUCUUUGAAAGCAUCUCAAGUCGCUGGAGAGAGCUUCUUCGAGAGGAAGCUUACCGAGAAGAGCACGUCUACGAAUUUAGGGAAGGGGCGUAUCUUCGUCGAUUCAACCCCGGCCAUGCCUUUACCCGAAUUGCACACAAGGCAGCCCAUGUUCUCGGCCGUCUCCAUCGGUACAAGGAGGAGCACGAACUUCUUACCGAGCUCCUCAACCAGCAUCUCUUCCAUCCAGCCCGGCGCGGAUCCUGGUAUCAGCGCAGAGCCUUGCUGGAGGAGCGAUAUAUGUGGGAGGCGGACCCAGCCCCUGUAGCGACCGAUCCUGAGGUGCGAAAGAAACACUGGCAGCGGAUCGCCGUGACCACUUGCGAAGCAGGUCUCGAGGAUCCUGACUGCCAUCUGAUCUAUCACCACGACCUGCAAAAGCGGCUUCUCAGACUCGAAAAGAGGCUGCGCGUUCCGCGCCGUUUGCAGCAUGACUUUGGCCAUGUGAAGCUUCGCGAGCCCGAAGAGCAUAUUGUGAAAGGCGUCCAACUGCUACGCGAUGACGUGGAUCCCAAAAGCCAGGGUGGCCGGGGGCUCAGCACCAAGACAAUAUGGCUGGACGAAUUGGGGGAUCCAGGGGUGGACGGUCAGCCGCUCCAUGUCAGCGUUGAGGAAAUGUGCCUGUCGCAUUACCGCAGGCAAGGCUGGAAGGGGUUUCACAGCGAAGGUGGCAUCCUACGAACCAUCUUUGCCUAUCUGUUCUUCGAUGUGCUCUUCGUCUACGUCCCCAACGUAUUUCAGACAGCUUACCAAACCUGCCCCCUCGACCUGCACACGGAUGCGUUCUACCCGGCUCGCGCCAGCCAGAUAAACCACCGACUCGUCGAAAUAGGAAAUGGAGGGGCGGAGCAGAUUCUGCGAGAGGUUCACAAACGCGAGCACGACCGCCGCACCUGCGUCGUGGGGCUGAAUUGGGACUUUGAUGUUGAGGACUUGGCUGAGCUGGUCAGCUGCUUCGACGGAGAGGCGCUUGCCGCCGUGUGCAAGGUCAUGGCACAGGAAUACAAGGCUCGUGGAAGCGGCGUGCCGGACCUUGUUCUGUGGCGGAUAGAGAGAAGCGAACCACAAGAUGACUGUCGCAUCAAGAACGGCCAAAAGGGGGAGGUCAUGUUUGCCGAAGUGAAAAGCGCCAACGACCGCCUCAGUGAUACACAACGUCUAUGGAUUAACGUCCUCACCGGUGCGGGAGUCCGGGUCGCUCUAUGCAAUGCGGUCGCACGAGAAGUCCGGACGCUGAACUGA